AUGUCUUUUGUUAUCGAUCAAGUGCGGCGAGUAGAUUCGCAAAUCGAUCGUCUACAGCUAAAUGCACCACCACCUGUCGGCCCCAUCAACAUUACAGGCGAUGACCAGCACUUCCCUUCAGACCGCGCAGAGCAUCUACAAUCACUAGUAAAAUCGCUAUCCAUAACACCUUCUUCGCGAAACCCUCUACUAUCCGCGUCGCAAAUUCACCACUACCUUACACGCGCCCAAAUCUCAUUACCGAACGAAGGAGAGGAUCUGUCCACGCAAAAGCACGAUGGCGAAUACGAGCAAGAGUUGGCUUGGUUGCUGGUUGCAAAGGCUACCGUUCAGGUAUAUGGCUUGAUUCUGUCGCGCCUGCUAGAUGAGACAGUUGCACUUGCAGACGAUGUCUGGUACUGGGAUCAGGUGCUAGGCAGUCGACACGCAACUGCACUUUACAGCAUACAGACUGCGCCUUUCCGUCUGGCCCAGUGGAGCCAAUACGUCUUGGCCGACGUUCGCAGAAGAAGCGCUGAUUUCAACAUUCGCGAUGCUGGUGCUGAAGCUCAGCAGAGCUUGACGGCGCGUUGGUCUGAGUUCUAUGGACUGGUCAAAGAGGUGGUUAGGGAGAAGAGUGUUAAGGAGAUGCGCAAACGUGUCGUGAGCCCUGUUGCAAGGAUUCGUGGUUCUGUUCGCCAGAAGCAGAGCGAGCUCAAGAGAUGCAGAUUGCGUGGAGCCAACGCGCUAGGUGUGUUGCUGGGCGAGGGCUUGAUGAAUGAAAACAUGCAUGGGGAAGGCUUUGCAACGCCGAAUGGUACUCAAGGCCGCGACAAGUGGAAGGCCAGUGUAGCACGCAAUGUUGCUCUUAUGGAUGCCGUCCUCGCCAAGGUCAACGAAGAAGAGCUUGCUGUUGACAAAUUCGACGCAGCCAUCGCAGCAGCUACUGACGACGAUCCGCUUUACGAUGUUGAAGUCUACACACAAGAAAACGGAGAAGCUUCCGAGCUGGGAGUACAUCCUGCGACUAUCGCCGACAGACUGAUCAAGAUGCUACACGCCAAAAUACCCGAGUAUACGCAGCAGUCAAAGGUCAUGGUGCAAAAACACGGCAAGCCAUCACGUAUUGUUCGAUACUGGUUCCCCAUCACUGUAGGCAUUCUCUCGUCCAGCACCAUCCUCCGCUACCUCGUCAACCGAAAAGCGGAAAUUCUUACCUGGAUUCAAGAGUUUGGCCACACCAUUCGCGACUUUUGGAUCAACUGGUGUGUAGAGCCCACUCGCAAGGUCAUUCAGACUAUUCGCCAUGACAAAGACAGCGAGGUGUCGAUCAUGUCGAAAAGGUCUCUCGAGGGUGACAGAGCUAGUUUGGAACGCAUGGUUGUGGACUUUGCAGUCGACAACCCAGGCAAUGCGACAGAGACUGGCAACCCACUUACAGAUGCAGAAAUUGCAAGCAUCAGAGCCAAGGUGCGCGAGGGUGACUUGACACCAGUGCUCAAAGCAUACGAGAAGGAUCUGUCUAGUCCCUUCAUGGGUACCAUCCGUGGAAACCUGAUUCGCGCACUGUUGAUUCAAGUACAAAAGACUAAAGUCGAUGUCGAAGUGGCUAUGGGCGGCAUCGAUGCAUUGCUCAAGAGUCAAGAACUGGUAUUUGGCUUCGUGGGAUUGACUCCUGGCAUUCUCGUCACAAUCGGUAUUUCACGCUGGAUGUCAUCUGCAUUUACAUCACGAAGAGGCGCAGACGCAAGUCGCAAGCAAGGACACAUGAUGCGACAAUUGCGCAACAUUGAUCGCGUACUCACCAACUCAACACCUACAGAGAAAUUUGGAGAGUUGUACUACAAGGAUCAUGGAUUGUUGUUGUGCGAGGUACAUGUUUUGCGCGAGGCUGCAUACCGAGUCAUGCCUGCACAGGUAUUCAGGGACUUUGUCGAGGAUGUGGAGGAAUUGGUCGAUGUGCGGACUGGAGUCAAGAAGCAGAGGAAGGUGGUGAACAGGAUCCGCUGGGCGUACAAGCGAUACUUUUAG